UUCUGGCCCAAGAUGCUCACUCAGACUACAGCUGCUAUGCUCGCUUCACACACACCAUCCAGCAGAGGAACCCCUUCAUACUCAAAGUUCAGAAAGUUCAGACCAUGGAGCCGUAUAAUGAGACAUCUUACAAUGCCACUGGUGGCCAUAAACUAGCCAAGUCUACACCAACCUUCCUUUCACCAUCAGGGAGUGAGACCUCCAAAAUGGUGCUAAGAGAUGAGGAGCUCCAGCUGGAGUGUAUUGCUGCUGGACUCCCGACACCUACCAUCAAGUGGUUUAAGAAGGGUGGGGACCUGCCAGGAGGGAAAGUGAAGUUUGAGAAGUACAAUAAGACCAUGAAAAUUAUCAGUGUGUCAGAGGAAGAUGCUGGGGAGUAUGUAUGCAUGGCCAACAAUCAGUUAGGCAGCAUUCGUCACUCCAUCUUUGUUCAGGUCAAAGCGGCUCCUUAUUGGCUGGACAAACCCACAGACCUGGUGCUAGCCCCGGAUGAGAAUGGACGACUGGUGUGUCGUGCCAAUGGCAACCCUAAACCUAACAUCCAUUGGCUGAUCAACGGACAGCCUAUAGACAGAGCUCCAGUCAACCCAAGCAGACAGUUGCUGGGUGACACCAUCAUCUUCCGCUCGGUGCAGAUGGGAAGCAGCGCUGUCUACCAGUGCAACGCUUCCAACCAGCAUGGCUAUCUGUUGGCCAAUGCCUUUGUCAGUGUUCUCGACAUGCGUCCAAGGAUGCUGGGCCCUAAAAACCAGCUUAUUAAAGUCAUUGAGAACAACCGCACCUUCCUGGAUUGUCCCUUCUUUGGUUCCCCUCUGCCAGAGCUACGCUGGUUUAAGAAUGGACAGGGCAGUGGGUUGGACGGUGGUCAGUAUCGUGUUUACAUCAAUGGCACCCUGGAGAUAAAACGGGCCAGAGCAGAGGAUGAGGGCACCUACACCUGUGUGGCCAGCAGUAUCCUGGGAACAGCUGAGAACCAGGUGCGCCUGGAAGUCAAAGAGCCAACUCGUAUAGUUCGAGCCCCUGAGCACCAGUCAGCCAUCAGGGGCUCCAUGUCUCGCUUUGACUGCAAGGUGAAGUCUGAUCCCAGCCUGCCUAUCACUGUAAUCUGGACAAAGGACGACAAGCCUCUCUACCUGGGAUGGAGGCUGAAGAAGGACGAUGAGUCACUGACCAUCCCCAGCGUGAAUGAAGGAGAUGACGGAACAUACACCUGCACUGCUAAAUCUGAGAUCGACCAGGACUCAGCCUCAGCACGUCUCACUGUUUUAGAGGAAGCAUCCCUCCACCCUUCACUCUCUAGUGCCUUGCCUUCAGACACUCCAGACCCACCCAUGGAUUUGGAUCUAUCAGACCCAACAGCCCGUAGUGUUCGCCUCACUUGGAUUCCCGGAAAUGACCACAGAAGCCCAGUCACAGAGUUCUUGGUCCAGUUUGAGGAGGAUCACUGGGAGCCAGGCAGGUGGCGGAACCUGUCCACUUACCCUGGCCACCUUAACUCUGUCAUCCUGCAGCUUGCCCCCUUUGUCAACUACCAGUUUAGGGUCAUCGCCAUUAACUCAGUGGGCCAGAGUCAGCCCAGCCGCCCCUCACCGCGAUAUAAGACCAGUGGAGCUGCUCCAGAUGCCAUUCCUAGAGGUCUGCGAGGAUGGGGCUCCAAGAAGGACAAUAUGGAGAUCACUUGGGAACCUCUACUUAAUUUGGCAAGAAAUGGCCCAAACCUACAGUACAUUGUGUGGUGGAGACAGAAGGAUAUGGGGGAAGACUGGAGUAACGUGACCACGGAGGGGUCCAAACAUGUCAUCCACAACACAGAAACCUAUGUGCCUUACGAGAUCAAAAUCCAGGCCAGGAAUGAAUUUGGACCAGGACCUGAGUCUAAUGUGGUCAUUGGAUAUUCCGGAGAGGAUGAGCCCACUGCUGAGCCCACUGACUUGCGGGUGUCAAAGGUUGACAGCAGUAAAGUGAACAUCCACUGGAAGCCUGUGGAUCCAAACUCUGUUUUAGGAGAGUUCAAGGAGUACAGGUUGUACUACUGGCGUGAGUCCAGUUUGGUCCCAAAUCUAGUAGUAAGCAAAGAGAAGAAGAUCAAAGGUUUCUACAGCACCAUGCCUGAGCCAUCUGGCAUCCUCAGCGGCCUGGUGCCCUUCUCUAAAUACAAGAUGUUUAUGGUUGUGGCCAACAGUCGCUUUGAAGGUCCACCAAGCAACACAGUGGAAUUCACCACCAAGGAGGGAGUUCCUGAUGCACCAGGGUUCUUCAGUAUCAACCGGAGGAGUUUGGACACCAUCUACUUGGAAUGGGACAAACCUCUGGAGCCAAAUGGCAUUCUGAUUGGAUACCAGCUCAAAUAUCAAACAGUCAAUGGCUCCAGGGAGGGUCCACUCCAGAUACAGACUUUUCUUCCUAAUGUGACAGACUUCACUUUCCAACUGCCAGACCGAUCUAGCCGCUACAAGUUCUACCUGUCAGCACUCACAGAGGUGGGAGCAGGGGAGGUCUGUGCUGAGGAGUCCCCACACUUCGCCAACGAGGAAAACUUUACUGAUGCAACAGGUCUAGUUGAGCUUACCAACACCUCUGUGGCUUCAGCUCUCACUCCUACUCCUCCACCUCUUGCACCUCUUCCUCCUACUACCAUCGCUCCUACAACCAUUAGUACCUCAACUACUACCACUCCUACAACUACAACUUCUGCUACUUCUACUACCACCACCACAACCAAGGCGACCACUAUCACCACCUCUCCUGUGCUGGUCACCACCAAACAUACAGAUCAGAAAGUGUUGGUGGCCCCUGGGCGAGAGAUCUGGAAUCUGACGGUGGAGCCUAACAGUAACUACGCUAACGUCAGCUGGAGACACAACUUCCCGGCCGGCAGCAGCGAGUUUGUGCUAGAGUUCACACUGGACAGUAACAAGACGAUGAAAGUUGUACCAGUGAAACAACAACCCCCCAUUACAGUGACGGAUCUGAUCGUAGGUGCCAAGUACCGUCUGAGGGUUUACUCCCAUGAGCUCAACAGCAUCAGCAGCAAAUAUGUCACCUUUAAGAUCAAACCAGCCUACAUAGACCAGGUAGACAUAGCCACUCAGGGCUGGUUCAUCGGCUUGAUGUGUGCUAUUGCCCUGAUCAUACUGAUCGUCCUCAUCGUCUGCUUCAUCAAGAGGAGUCGUGGGGGCAAAUAUCCAGUGCGUGACAAAAAAGAUCUUCCCUUAGACGCAGUGGACCAUAAAGACCAAGAUGGAUCCUUUGAUUACCACAGUGAUGAGGACAAUAAACCUCUACAGGGCAGCCAGACUUCACUGGAUGGCAAUGUUAAGGAAAGCGACGACAGUCUGGUCGACUAUGGAGAAGGUGGUGAUGGCCAAUUCAACGAGGAUGGUUCUUUCAUUGGCCAGUACACAGUCAAGAAGGACAAGGAUGAGACAGAGGGCAAUGAGAGCUCAGAGGCCACCUCACCCGUCAAUGCCAUUUACUCACUGGCAUAGCCCUGUAGCAACAUGCAAGGGACUCAGCAGAACCUUCUGCUUUGAUGGCAUUAUGACAAACCACAGCAGCACACACCAGACACACACAAACACACACACACACAUAUUAAUAUAUUUACACCAUAUACAAAAUACAUAAAACACUGAAGAAAAGCAGCAGGGCCUGUCUGGAGACUGUAGACAUUCCUCUGCAGAUAAAAUGGAGGAUCAUGGGAGCAGAAUUAGACCGCAAGCCUUUACUUUAUGUUUGCAGCUCUAAGAAUAUGGCCCAUGGAGGUGGCAUUUCAACACAGCUUUUUUACCUCUGCGCUCUCCCUUCCCUUUACCACGCAGACUUGAAAGUGUGCCUUUGGGGCAGUUUACAGCAUUUGGAGGCACCAACAAGCGUUCUUUAGAGGUUUUUCUUUUGUUCAUUUUUGCUCCAAACAUUUUCAGUGUCCCUGCUCUCCUUCCUGAUAUGCCCCUCAUACUUUUCUGUAGCAUCUCAUUAAAGUUCACACAUACACACUUUCCCCAUCCGGUAACAUAUCAGCUUCUAACCAUCAGUUUCAACAAGAUGCUGGCAGAUAUGUUUAUCAUAUUGAUAUUACACAAUGAAAGGUUUUAGUUUUUCCACAGCUGGUAGACGAGUCAUUGAAUCUUAAUGAAUGCUGUAUACAGUCCUGGCACACAUUUUAGUGUCCCACAAAACUAUGCAUUAUCACCUCCUCCAUACCAUUUUUUUUUUGUUUUUUUGUUUCAUCUGGUUAGUAAAAGUGCACAUUUUGAGUUCCUACUUUACCACUCAUAGGCUAAACUCUUGUACCUUUAUUAACUUUGCCUUGUACAGUGUGGUACUUCUAAUCCAAAGUUGUAGUGCAGAUCUUCAAAAUGGCUGCCAUGAGAAAAGUCAUUUCUGCCAAUAGCAGCAAGCUCUGCUCAUGGAUGUAUUAUGUGAGCUGGAUAUGGCAGCGCCACAGCUGUUCAGCCAAUUUUCCCAGUGGCCACAUGUGGUACUGCAACCAACAGUCCCCCUGCAGCAGAAAAGUCAUUUUCUAAACCACACUGAUAAAAAAAAGAUGUCUGUAUAAAAAGGAAACCUCAACCUGCAUAGCAGGUCAGGUAUCACUCUUUGUAUUAUGAAUUUUUAAUUCAUGGAGGUUUUAUAUUUUUAAAACUUUCCCAGAGCCUAGAAAACUUUUAUUUUUUUGAUGUCAUCCCAAUGUAAAGUCUACAAACCAAGUUGGAGUGCAUGGGCAGGGGCAGUGGGGGAACACUAAUGUACAUGUGCAGUGGACCCUACAAUAUGGGAGCAAACCCAGAAUAAAAAAAAAAAUGGCAUACGAUCCAAGCGAGCAAUUUUCAGUGGGAAGAAUGGGCAUCUUCCUGGAAUUUAAUAUCCGGCUCUCAAAAUACAUCCUUGGCUACACUACAUUAAGUUGUUAAUGAAUCCAAUUUUUUUAAAAAGAAUAAAUAUUAUUUUGGAGCAUGGUAGUAUUUGGGGCAGCAAAGGGGGAAGUUAUUUUUGCUUGAGAAACACCACAACCCAGUGAAUUCCAUAGUUAGCAUGCAGGUUAAUGCUGAAUUCUUUGCCCUAUGGGUUAGAUAAAAUGUGGACAUCUUUACUCCUUUGGAGGUAUAAAGCUUCCAUUAUUUAGUUUAUUUGUGCAGAUGUUAUCUGUAAGCUCGCUAAUACUGUACACCCUAGCUUCCAAUUGUUUUUAUUUUUCUCCAUUACCCUCUCCUAUGUAACGUUUUUGCUCAAUUUAUGAAUUUGUGUCAGUGACAAUGCUUCAAAAAUGCUUUUUAGUCUGAACUUGCCUUUACAGGGGGAACUACAUCUCUUCACUUCCCUCCAGUUUUUUGAUAAACUCAGUCAAUUUAUUGUUACAAAAGAAAAAAGACCACAUUAGAGCAAUAUACUGUAGAAUACUUUAAAAUAACAAGAUUUACAGCAUGAAAGUAUAUACAUUAAAUUCAUAGCCAUGCACAUGAAAUAUGUCAGCUUAAUUUUUAGUUUUUGCAGAGAAAGAAAAGAAGGAAAAUUAAAUUUGAAUACUCAGUAUUUCACUUUUGUCAUAUAGUCAUUCUCUUAGCUGACAAAUGGACUGACAGUCAAAGAAUUUUUUUUAAUUUUUAUUUUUUAUUACAUAUACUACAUGUUCACUGAGUGACCACUGGUUUCACCACAUAGUUUCAGCACUCAUACCAUACUUACCUGCUACUUAACAGCACUGGAGUAAAGCUUCCAAUUCUUAUUCACCGCAGUUAGUGACAGGGGUUCACAUUGUAUUUCAAAUAUUUAUUUUAUUAUUCUAUUUAUUACAUAAUGUCAAUAGUAUUAAUAUAUUAGUUCUUAAUUUAAUAAGUGUUAUAUACACCUUUUUGACCACCAUAUUUUGUUGUUUCACACCAGAAAUAUCCAAAAUAGAGAUGUCUCCACAAACUGUUAAUGUUCAUUGUGAAAGGUGUUAAACACAGCAGUAAGAUAUUUUUGUAGCAGUUGGUUUUUCUGCAGUAAACAAAACAGCAAAGAGAAAAUCCCUGUCACCAUACCUGACAAAUGUUAUAUUUAUCUACCCAUUGUGCUGCUCUUCUCGUACUCAUGUUGUAUUAUUGUUACUCUGUGUUGUUCUUCAAAUUUACAUAUGUAACAUAACAUUUCAAUUACAAAAGACUGUUGUUGCUUAUUAUUUAUUUGACAUAUAUUCUGUACAUGUAGGUCCUGAAACAAAAUCUCUUGUCUUUGUAAAUAUUUAGCUAGUUGACCCCCCACCCCCGAAAAGGAAACAAAGAGUCGCAAUCUGUGUCCACCAAGCAAAUGUGAAAGGUGCAUAUUUAGUUUGGCAUGCACCUUUGUAAUGUAGAUUUGAUGAAAAUUUGCACUCAAAAUGCAAAUGUGUCAAUAAUCCUUCAGUCUAUGUUGCCCUUUGCUUUGACGUUGCAAUAUAUUGUACUGGCUGUGGCAAAUUUAUCAGUUACUUUUUUGAUGAUGGUUUGGAUUGUGAAGGAGGAAUGCAUUAGGCUUUCUAUCAUGUAAAUAAGUGUGCUCCUGCAGUUGUUGUGUUUGUCACACACAGCCUGCUUGUGCCUAAGAAAUGUAUUUGCUGAGGUGUUAACUCCCCUGUUUCAAUUCUUUCUGAGACUGCAUUUACUCCUUCCUCCCAUAAUGCCUUUCACUUAACCUGUCUAUUGCUGCAUAGCUGUGUCCCAUUUCAGGGGUCACCUCAGAAGACUAAAGACUGAGCCUGCUCUUCCACAAAUGAGUGUCAAGUUUCUCUCUCUCUCUCUCUCUCUCACACACACACACACACACACACACACACAUACAAA